CUCCGCCCUCUUCAUCCUCAACCGUCCCUGAACGUUAUGAUCUGGUGACACUUCUGCACGCUAUUCUUUAUGGCAAGAAUAUAGAUGUCUUCACGUUUUCCUCCUUGAUCGGCGCGUGUUCGUUUCCUUUCUUUUGGGUCCACCUCCAAGAUGUUUGCCACGACUCGACAUCCUCGGAUUGGCUUCCUCCUGCUUUGGAUAUGCGGAGUACUCUUUGCCAUUGGCACUUCUGGGCAUGUUCUUGAGCGAGGGGGAACUCAGAAACCGCUCUUCGACAGCGAGCAGAAUCCUCUGCCAAGCAAACCCGAUUCUGCUACCCUCCCCGCACUGCUAGAUGCGCUGGACGUUCUGCAAGGAGAUUAUUUUGCAAUCUGGCAGGGGAUUUGGCCAACAUCAAUCGAUUGGACAUCUGCUGUAAUUGGCACGUAUCUAUCUGCUGCCCUAUCUACCAUCUCGGCGUCCUUUCCGAAUCUUCCCUCCGAGAAAAACGCAGAGAACAUAGUCAACAAAUACUUCUCGCAGUUAUCAGCCUCAUACUUCGGACAGGAUGCUUUCGCUCUGCGUCAAGAAGCAUACGAUGAUAUGUUAUGGGUGGUGCUGGGCUGGUUGGAAAGCAUAAAGUUUAUUCAACUUCAUUCUAAGGGCCAUUAUGCCGAGGCAGAGAAAGCGGGGUCUUGGUAUGGCGAGGGAUGGAUUCCAGCGUUUGCACAUCGGUCUAGGAUAUUCUGGGAAAUGGCAUCUCAAGGUUGGGAUACUGAGCUUUGCAAUGGGGGCAUGAUCUGGUCUCCAUAUCUUGUGCCCUACAAGAACGCCAUUACCAACGAGCUCUUCAUUGCGGCCUCCAUAUCGAUGUAUCUAUAUUUCCCAGGCGACAACAACAGCUCUCCGUUCGGAUUCUCUUCGCCCAAUUUCGAUCCGGUGGAUCGCCCUGGCCGAGCUCGUGAUCCUCAAUAUCUUGUGGCUGCCAUUGAGGCAUACAGAUGGCUCCUCGACAGCAACAUGACAGAUGCAAAGGGACUUUUCGUUGAUGGAUAUCAUAUUUCUGGGUGGCAACGCGAACGACUCGAUAAAAAUCGCACAGGAAAUACUCGCUGUGAUGCUCGCAACGAGAUGGUGUACACGUACAAUCAAGGCGUCCUUCUCUCUGGCCAACGUGGACUCUACGAAGCCACAGGGGUGCGAUCGUAUCUAGAAGACGGCCAUAAGCUAGUCUCGGAUGUGAUUGCCGCCACUGGUUGGGAUCUGAAGCGUGGAAACUCGUUCGACAAACUCGAUGAACCGGACUGGCCAGGGAGAAAGUUGGGUAAAUGGCAUGGGCUCGGCCGUUCUGGUAUUCUUGAGGAGGCAUGCGAUGCUCCAGGCUACUGCUCCCAAGAUUCACAGACCUUCAAAGGCAUUUUCUUCCAUCAUUUAACCGUCUUCUGUGCUCGAUUGCCAGACCACCUUAUUCUCGAUGGAGUGUUUGUUGGGAAGGAUGUCGAUACCGGGGAGCCUGGUAGCAUUGAGGAAGUACGGAAGUGGCACGAUGAGCAAUGUGCCCGCUAUGGACCUUGGAUUAAGCACAAUGCGAAGGCAGCUCUGACUACCAUUGAUACAGAAGGCCGAUUCGGGAUGUGGUGGGGUGCUCCACCACACACGAGCGCAGUGCCAGACGUUGAUGUCGACUUGCCUGCUGAAGCAGUUGACUACCGGAACCAUGGCGUGCCACAGCAAUGGAAGAAUAAGCCACGAUAUCAGCGAGAUAUCCACGACGGAAGUGAUGACAUAAACGAGAACUCGGCCAGAAUUGGAAUUAUGGAUUUGAAUGAUAGAGGAAGAGGUCGGACAGUUGAAACCCAAGGCGGGGGGAUCAGUGUUUUGAGAGCACUGUGGGAGAUUGUAGAUACCCGAUGAUGAGUAACACAUGAAUGCAUGGUUGGAUGAUGAUUGGGGUUGGCUUUGGGGGACUACCGGUAUUUCAAGCAUCUUAUAUACAAAGGCGUUUUAUGGUUGGUAGAUACAUGGAGCAAUUCACACCAUCCCUCCAAGCCUCCUGGCUGACGUUGCCC